AUGCUGUUCCUCGUCUCGCGGUGCUCGCCUCGCUUCCGUUCCUCUUAUACACCCACCAUCUGCAUCUCUAAUCUGCUCGUUAGCCGCUUCUCCAUCGCCUAUCGCCGCUCCGAACCUAGUUCUGCAGCUUCUGCAACCAACCCUUCAAAACAUGAUCCACAGCACAAAGACCGACGUGAGGCUCUUAGGCUCAGAUAUGCCAACGACCAUGAGUAUCGCGAAAAAAUAAGGGCCCGAGUCAAGGCGCGAUACGCCAACGACUCUGAGUAUCGCGAGAAGAUCAAGGCCCGAAACUCGAAGCAGAGUCCUGCCGCACGCCAAAAACUUCGUCAGCAGAUUAGACUUGCUGUGUCACAACAGUAUCACAACGACUUCAUACAUAGGCAGCGGCUUCGUCUUCGUGCUUGGAUCUGUUACAAUCUUGUUAAGCAGGAGCUGACGUGGAAGACACACGAGGUCGAAUUGAAUGCAACUGAGGUAAUGCAUACAUGUUCCGGGCCAAACUGUGGUUAUGAGAGGAAGUUGAAGCUAUGGAUGAAGCGCAAAGAAUCUGAUCCUCCUCUGUAUGACUGCUUCAAAUGCUUUACAUCAGAGUGGGUGCCAGGGAAGGUCCUGCCAAUCGGCUACGAGCACGUGGUCUUUGGAUCUGGCGAGAAGAUAGAACCUCGCCGGGUCUGA